AUGCUCGCGCUGCUGACUGGCGUACAUGGUUUAGUAGCCCUUGGUACGAGUCGCACACUCUUCCAGCCAGAUGAGUUUUGGCAGUCUUUGGAAGUCGCACAUAAGAUCGUGUUUGGGUACGGCUACCUAACAUGGGAGUGGGCGUCGGCCCAGCCCAUCCGAAGCAUUGCCCAUCCUGCUAUGUUCGUACCCCUGUACUACACAUUGCGUAUGCUUGGUCUCGAUCAUGUGUCAUUCCUUAUGGUAGCUCCACAGCUUCAACAAGCAUUGCUCACUGCAGUGGGCGAUUGGUUUGCCUACCGACUCGUUGUCAAGAUGUUCGGGAGACCCACGGCAUUGGUUUGGAUCAUUGUGCAUCUAUCAUCGAUGUUCUGGCUAUUUACAGCGACGCGGACAUUUGCCAACACGGCGGAAACCGCACUGACGAGCAUCGCGAUGUUUUACUGGCCCCUCUCUCCGUCGGCUGUAGGCCAAUUAACGUAUGCUCCCCAUCUGCGUGACUUCAGGAAGGCCCUCUUUUUUGCGUUUCUGACCGUGCUCUUACGUCCCACCAGCUUGGUAUUCUGGAUGGGAAUGGGACUCCUCACCCUGACCUAUGUUGGCCAUCGCAAACAGGUACUAUGGCAUGUUGUAUGGGAACCACUGUGGAUUGGGGCCCUAGUACUAGGCUUUGGUGUGUGGCUAGACUCCUUGUAUUAUGGAUACUGGACAUGCCCUGCUUUUUCAUUCUUUGUCCAAAACGUCGUUACCAAUGUGUCUGCUUUCUAUGGCGCAAAUGCUUGGCAUUGGUACUUAACGGUGUGCCUUCCUACAUUUCUAACAUGCUUUUUGUGGGCCUUUGGGCACGGGAUCCGAUAUGUGAUCUUCGAGCCUCGGUACGAAAAGGCACGACCUUUGCUGAUACUAUGUGCAUGGACCAUUUUAGUGUAUUCCCUGUUGCAGCACAAGGAAAUCCGCUUCUUGCAACAACUCGUUCCAUGGCUCCAUGUCUUUGCAUCCGUGGGUCUACAGCCCCCUGCAACCAUUACCUCUCUUCGUAAUGCCUGGGCAGUCAUCCCUCGAUGGAUUCGUAUAUGCUUGGUCGCCCAGCUGCCAGUUCUUGUCUAUGUGUGUGCCUUCCACGGACGGGCGCAGGUGGCCGUAACAACGUACUUGCACGCAUUGACACAAUCGGACACGCCACCGAAAAGCAUUGGUUUCCUCAUGCCAUGUCAUUCAACGCCCUGGCAGAGUCAUUUGCAUUCGCCUUCCAUGGAGGCCGGAGGACCGAGUGGGGAUGCCGGCCUCGCGUGGUUCUUGGGCUGCCCCCCUCCUCCAGCUGGCGCCUCAGACUACUGGGAUCAAAUGGAUUUCUUUUACCAUGACCCAGAAUUAUACCUGCUCACACGAUUCCCAGACGAGGUAGACGUAUCGUUCCCUCCUAUGGAUUAUACCUCGAUCACACCCACGGGCAGCCAAAGCCCCUACGAUAAAGGAUGGAGGCAUUCAUGGCCCUCUCAUAUUGUCUUAUUCUCAUCCUUACUGGAUGUCUAUACUAGCAGCGGUACGAUUUUGGAUCUCUUGCGCUCGAAGGGGUAUAGGGAAGGAGCGCGCUUUUGGAACGCUAUUUUCCAUCCUGAUGAAAAAAGGCGGGGAGAUGUCGUAGUAUUGGUUCACUACUCAAUGGGUAUCACGGGGUCGUGA